UUGUUCUGUGUUCUUGUUUCAAUUCAUUUUAGGUUAUGUUGUGUAAAACAUAUUUUAAAUAAAAGAUUUGAAAUCUUAUUCGACAUGCCUUCUUGUUCAACAAAAUGUGGACGUAACGCCACCUUAAAAAGACCAAAAACUGGCGAUAAAUUGUGCAAAGACUGUUUUUUCGAAGCCUUCGAGAACGAAGUUCACUUCACCAUCACGAAGGCAAAAUUAUUCACCCCUAACUCUACUGUAGCAGUUGCCGCUUCCGGAGGAAAAGACUCCACCGUCCUAGCUUACAUCCUAAAGUUGUUGAACGAGAAGUACAACUACCAGUUGAAAUUGAUACUUUUAUCGAUCGACGAAGGCAUCACAGGCUAUCGCGAUGAUAGUUUGGAGACCGUCAAGAAAAACCGAGAUGAUUACGCGAUGCCUCUGAAAGUAAUGUCUUACAAAGAUCUUUACGGGUGGACCAUGGAUGAGAUUGUAGCAGAGAUUGGGAGAAAAAAUAACUGCACUUUCUGUGGAGUUUUCCGAAGACAAGCAUUGGAUAGAGGUGCCAACCUACUCAAAGUGGACUACUUAGCUACUGGACACAAUGCCGAUGACAUAGCCGAAACUGUUUUGAUGAAUGUCCUAAGAGGAGACGUUGCUAGAUUGAGUAGGUGUACUUCUAUUAUUACAGACAGUGGGGAUGGCAUUCCUAGAGUUAAACCCUUGAAAUACUGCUACGAGAAAGAGAUAGUCAUGUACGCCUACUUCAAGAAACUAGUUUACUUCUCAACGGAAUGUAUUUUUGCCCCCAAUGCCUACCGAGGCCAUGCCAGGGUACUUCUUAAAGAUCUAGAAAAAAUUGAUCCUUCGGUGAUAAUGAAUAUCAUCCAUUCAGGGGAAUCGAUAAAAAUCAACGAAACGGCCAAUAUGCCAACUCUUUCAAACUGUUCUCGUUGCGGUUACGUGUCUUCACAAGAAGUGUGCAAAGCCUGUGUCCUGUUGGAGGGCUUGAACAAGGGUCUCCCGAAAUUGGGCAUUGGCAAAUCCAGCAAAGUCAAAAGGAUACUGCAGGAAUACCAACAGAAAGACAAAGCUUGUAACUCAAAUUCUAAAGGAUGCGACAGGGAGAAGGGGGUAAAAAAUAAAACAUGCUCUUCUUGCGCACAAUGUAUGGAACCUUCACAAACAAAUGUUAAGUCUUUAGAGGAGUUAACAAUAUAAUUUAUAUACAUUUUUAUACUAUUUACAAAAUAAAUGAGCUGUUGAACGUU